AUGGAGGGCAUCGUUGCCGAAUGGGACGUCGACAAGCGUUGUGGCAAGAUCAAAAAGCAUCGCUUCGACAAGAAGUGGUUCUUCGUCCACUACAAGGCCAUCAUGGAUGGAGACACAUUGAACCGCGGCUCCAUCGUUACCUUUGCCACAAAGACGGUGCGGAACAAAGGCUACGGAGUUCAAGAGCAAGCCAGCGACGUGCAUGGCGGCUUUUGGAGCAAAAGCCGAGGCCAUCUCGAGAAGUUGGGUUUCGAUGCUGGGGUGCAGUCUCCUCUUGUGGCCCAGUUCAUCGCCCGUGACUUUGCAGAUUCCGAGACCGUUUCUCUGAGACAGAGAGGCCGAGUAGGAGGCUACUCGAAGCUGAAAGAUGGCACUGCAGCAGCCCUCCAGCUGCCCAUCUACGCUCCGAAGCCUCCAGGCUACAAGCUCGAAAAGGAUGAGUGGGAGCCAUCCGCGUCCGGACCUCAUGCUGGGAUAUAUGAGAGGCUGUCUCAGAUGUUGGCAUCGUCGGAAUUUGAGCAUGUGGAGUGCUUGACAGAUCGCAACAACCUUAUGAAGCUGCUGACCUUCUUGGAUUCUGAACGCCACAUCACGGAUGACCGCUUCAUAUUCAAGAUAGAUGCCCAGUUCAAGAACGGCAUGCUUGUACUGGAACGAGUCGACCUGAAUGACCCGCAGACAGGCAUGCCGAUCAAUCACGUCCUGUCCUAUGGCUUUGCUUAUGAACGCGAAAUCACCACUUCAAGCUUGCAGGUCGAUGCUGCAGCCGCCCCGGACAUGCAGGAGCUGAUGGAGAUCAAAACAGGCAAUAUCAAGUAUCGCGAAGCUUGGUAUGGAUGGAAGAAGGCGGCAAUUCAAAUGCGUUUGGGCGGUUCCGCCAAGCUGGUCAUGGGAUGGCACGACAAAGGUGAGUUCCAGCACGAGGAUGUUCUGUCUUUUGAGGACGUGCAGUUGAAGGCGGAGAGCUACGACAAGAAGUUCGGAGCACUGGCGAACUUGCUGCGACGGAUUCGUGAGAUCAGCAAGAUGUACGAAACACUCGAGCUGAUCUACUCUCCGCCUGAAAGAGGAGAGCUUGGCAGCGAGGCCGAGCUGUUCGUCUAUGGAAAUCUACGGUGGGAGUUCCUGCCCUCCAGUGGUUCCAACUAUGUUCGGCUCUUCUGA